GUGCAAAGUUCGCUUUAGUCGCAGAAUGUUCAUACUGCACCUGAGUGUACGCCGAACUGCCUCAAAGAAUCAGCCACUUUCCUACUGUUGUUACUUGUCGGCUAACUUGUGUACUCAGACGUGUCACUCGGGCCAUUUACGGAAUUGUAAAGAUGCAUUGUUGCAUCCGGUUUAUAAGUGACCUAACGAUAAUCCGCCAAUCUUCGAAAAAUAACAUUUUUAUCAGUGGUCUUCAUCACCCCCUACCGAGCGCUGAGGUGGAAUAAGAUUGUGUUGAAAACAUUGAAUUUGGAGGGGAACAUUUCUUGAAAGAUGAGGUUUUGUGGAAACUAAUGUUAGCUACGAAUUAUCGACGUGUGGCAUUACGUUGUCCACUCCACAAUACAACGGGACAUGGAGAACACCUGAGAGUCCUCAUACACCGAUCAGCCACGACAGUCAAACCAGUUAUGGAUUUUAAUGAACGAUGACACAGGCUUAUACAGCUACCUGGCUGGGGUACCGAAGGCCUUGCUCCCUGGCAUUGGAGGAAAGAAGAUCCUUGACUUCUGGUGGGAGACUGUCAACAUGCGGCAGUUAUUCACAGAAGUGUAUCUGGUCACGAAUGCAGACAAGUAUAAGCAUUAUGAGCGCUGGGCCACAGCUAAUGACUUCCCGGUGGAAAACGUGGUAAAUGAUGGCAGCACUACGUUGGAGGACCGCCUCGGGGCCGUGGCCGACCUGGAGCUGGCCAUACGCGGUCGCAAGCUGAAGGACGACAUCAUGGUGAUUGCAGGUGACAUGCUGUGUGCAGACCAGAACUUUGAUAUCGCUCAAGUUAUCCGCUUCUUCAGAUCAAAGCCUGGAGAGCUAAUCAUUUACUACGAGCUGGAAGAAAGUGAGAAAAGCAGCUCCAGGGGCAUCGUGGAGGUCUGCCCUGACACCCAUAGGGUGACUCGCUUCUUGGAGAAGCCUCAUGAUGGGCUGACAGCAUCCCGGCUGGCCAGCGUGGUGUUUUACUGCAUUCAGAGAGACACACUGUCCUACCUGUCUGACUUCCUCAACCUGCAGCCUCAGGCCACAGACCGGAGCUUCGGACGAUUCUGGGAGUGGAUCAUCAAUGAGAAGCAACUCGAGGUGUUUGGGAUGAAGCUUCCUACUGGCUUCCAGCUUAUUGGACAAGUGGGCCUGUCUGACUACACCAAGUGGCUCACCCACUACUCAACCAAGCAACAAGACAAUCCUGCUAAACCAAUCGCAUGCAGGUCGUACGCCAGGGUUGGAUUAAUGGGGAAUCCCUCAGACGGCUUCAAUGGGAAAACCAUCGCCAUGACCAUCUCUAACUUCUGGGCCGAGGUCAUUCUAGUGGAGAGCCAAGCUUUGGUUUUAGUCCCUCAUCCACUCAAUGAUCCCACAGAGUUUGGAAGCUUGCAAGAUCUGUUCUGUAUCAGCAGGAAGGAAGGGUAUCUGGGAGGUCUCCGGCUGCUGCAGGCCACCUGUAAGAAGUUCUACCAGUUCUGCUCCAAACAAGGUAUUGCUCUGACAAAGCAGAACUUCACACUGAAGUACGACACCAACAUUCCUCGGCAGGUGGGCCUUGCUGGAAGCAGUGCCAUUGUCUCAGCUACCCUGAAGUGUCUUAUGAAAUUCUACAACAUCACAGACAAUGAUCUCCCAAAACCAGUCCGAGCCAACUUCAUCCUCAACGUGGAGACUGAUGAACUUUUCAUUACUGCUGGCUUGCAGGACAGAGUUGUUCAGGUCUAUGAAGGUUUAGUCUACAUGGAUUUCAGCAAGAAGCUCAUGGAGGAGCAGGGCUAUGGGGAUUAUGUUUCCAUGGAGAUGAGUAACCUUCCACUGUUCUGGCUGGCCUACCUGAGUGACCCCAGCGACUCUGGACGCAUCCACAGCAACGUCCGACAGCGCUGGCUCAGCGGGGAGCCUCUGGUCGUUGAGGCCAUGAAGACUUUCGCCGAGCUAACUGAUCAAGCGAGGACAGCUCUACGGGACAGAGACUGGAGCCAUCUGGCACAACUGAUGGACCAAAACUUUGAGCUGAGGAGGUCUGUCUACACUGAUGACUGUCUGGGUCCUGGGAAUCUCAAGAUGGUUGAGCUGGCGAGGCAGUUUGGCUCAGCAGUGAAGUUACCAGGCAGUGGGGGAGCUGUGGUGGGUCUCUGUCUGAACCAGGAGAGGCUGGUGGAGAUGAGGCAAGCCUUCCAGGAGGCGGGCUGUGUCUUCUGUGUCAUCGCACCAUACGACCCAUCUGCCAGCACCGUGGGUGGCCAGCACUAACCGCGUAUCUAUCUACCCGCGAACCCGGUCAGGCCACUCCAGGCCAACUCGCUGCCAUCGGCUGGAUGCGGCACAGUGCGGCCCUCAGUGGCCCCCAACGGCGUCCCACUGUCAUUUUCGUCAUGGAAAUUGCCAGAUGCCACAUGAAAAUCUUCUGAAGGCCGUUUAAAAAAAAAAGAAAAGGAAAAAAAGUCAGGGUUACUGUCAGGAUCUCCAGCCUUUGCUGAUAGUUUGGGCAUGAAUCUACCCAACUGAUCAAAUAUCUUUUUCAAAGUUUUGUCGCAACUUACUGUUUGGUGUGGUGACUUCCCUCCUGUCAAAUCUGUUAUCCACCACAAUGUAAAAAAAUGUUGUCAUUAUUAUUUUUCUACGGGCGAUACAAUUGUACAGACUUCAUCCCAUGAUCAUCGUAUAUUGACUGUAAUUUGUGUCCACAGAUUAAAAGCAACUUUUAGACCACUCGGUGUUU